GUGUUGUUUUUUAAAACCAUUCAUUCAUUGAUUUUGUUGAGUGAACUGCAUGACUUCUGAGAGAAAGAAAAGCCGUCUCUCAAACGAGUUAAAAUGCUGUUAUCAACAAAGACCCCCAGGGCCCUGGCGGCCAUCUUUGAGAGUCCCAGUGAUGACGAGGACUUCCUGGGUUUCGCUGUGCCAGUGCUGAGUGACAGCGAGUCAGACAGCCUAGCCUCCGAGGACUCUGGGAAGCCGGCCAUGUCUUUCAGGUCAAAGUUUGUGACCUCGGAGUUGGUUAGUCUGUUUAGCCAUUCCGACAAUGAAGGGGAGGAGUUUGAGGGCUUCAGUGAGGAAGAGGAGGAGAAGAGGGGUUCCAGAAGCAGGACGAAGGCUAUGUGCAUAGCGGAGGAGAGUGAUGAGGACACAGGAUUCUACUCUGAGGGGGAGGAGCCAGACACACACAAGAGGAAGAGUCUCUGUGUCGCCUUCAGGUUUCCCACAAAAAGACUCUCUGCCCAGAAAGGGGAGGCGCCAAUCAACGCCGCCCCUCCGGAGAGGAGAACCAAUGAGAGGCUGCAUCUAAAAAGGGGUUUGUCUCAGGAGUCCAGUGGGAGGGAGACACAGGGUCAGAAACCGCCCCCCAAAAAAGAGGCGGUAGGAAAAGAGAAGAUGGAGGUCGAGUCUCGGGUUCUAAAUAAACGAGCCAAGAACAUCCAGGAGAACAAAGCCAUGUUGGCCAAGCUGUUUGCUGACCUGACCAACAUGUCUGAAGUCACCUCGUCUCCUACCAAGAGGCGUGUGAGUGAGAAGCCGCCCCCUCGUAGACGAGGUGUGUGUGAGGGCAGCGAGAGGAGGAACCCAUCGCGUGCGGCCAGACCGCCAGAGAAGUUCGGUGUGGAGGAGAGCGGUACCUCCCCUUCACGACACCACAGAUCCGUGAGGACUAUCGACGUUGGGAAACUACUGGAGGUGGACGAGCUGGGUAGAAGCGGGAAGAAGAGGAGGGCGAGCAGCGGGAGGAAGAGUAGAAUUACCCAUGUGAGAUCAGUGGAUGAAAUCACAGAGGAAGAGCUGGACAACGUGGCGCAACGCGCCAAAGACAAGAUACUGGACAAGGACCACGGCAGCACGUGUCACCAGUGCAGACAGAAAACUCUGGACACCAAGACGGUCUGUCGUAGUGGAGUGUGUAUAGGGGGCAAAGGUCAGUUCUGUGGGCCCUGUCUGAGGAACCGCUACGGAGAGGACGUACACACGGCUCUACUAGACCCGGACUGGGAGUGUCCUCUGUGUAGAGGUAUCUGUAACUGCAGUCUGUGUCGACGGAGGGAAGGACGCUGUGCAACUGGACAACUGGUCCAUUUGGCUCAACACAAGGGCCACAGCAACGUCCAAGAUUACCUGGAGAGCAUCCAGAAAGAUCUUAGAGCCUAGAGACAAGCAGACAGCGCCCCCGUUGGUCAGAACUGAGAAUUACACCCAAAUGUAAUAAUCUCUCCUUUCUCCUGAAGUAUACACUCGUUCACUUCUUCUUACCCCAGUCAUUCCCUAAUAAAUCAAUAAAUGGAAGUGAACAAGUGCACACAUUGGAAGGAAGGUGAGAUAAUUAGGACGUCGUCACACUGACGCACAUUGUCCUGCUUUAAUACCGUCACGGUUCAGACUAGAACUCCGGGUGUUCCUCUGCCACAGGUCCCUCUGACACCUUAUUUAAUCACAGUCAUGUUCAGUGGGCACACGUCGAUUUGAAACGGAAGGUAGUACCUGACAUUCUGCAGUAAGAACAGUAAUAAGUAAUAACAUAUGUUACUCAGUAUUUAUUUGGACAGUGAAGCAGAAAGAUUUGAUUUAUGUCUAUCCACCAUUUUGGAUUUGAGAUCAAAUGUUUUAUGAGGUGGGGUGGGUGGCAGGGUAGCCUGGUGGUUAGAGCGUUGGACUAGUAACAGAUCAAAUGUUUUAUGAGGUGACCGUACAGAAUGCAGGGGUUGAAACCGGUUCAGGGAACAGAACCGAAAUCGUGCAAAUAACGAAAAUGUUCAAGGAACAGAAUCAGACCUGGGAACAAAAGUAAUUUCUACUAUAUGGGAACAGAAUUGUUAUUUUAAAAUUAUGGGAACUGGUUAAUAAAUUUUCCGGGCAAUUUUUUUUUCAGUCCCACAAAAAAAUGUAAAAGCGCCUUUGCAAAAUCCCACCCUCUUGUCAAUCAAACUUCAUCCAGCGUCUGCCUGCCAGCUGAAAAUGUGGAGGCUAUAUACAGGGGGUACCAGUACAGGAUCAAUGUGGAGGCUAUAUACAGGGGGUACCAGUACAGGGUCAAUGUGGAGGCUAUAUACAGGGGGUACAGGUACAGAGUCAAUGUGGAGGCUAUAUACAGGGGGUACCGGUACAGAGUCAAUGUGGAGGCUAUAUACAGGGGGUACCAGUACAGGGUCAAUGUGGAGGCUGUAUACAGGGGGUACCGGUACAGAGUCAAUGUGGAGGCUAUAUACAGGGGGUACCAGUACAGAGUCUUUGUGCGGGGGCACUGGUUAGUCGAGGUAAUUGAGGUAAUAUGUACAUGUAGGUAGAGUUAUUAAAGUGACCAUGAGUAGAUUGUAUAAAGAGAGUAGCAGCAGUGUAAAAGAGGUGUCUGGGUAGCCCUUUGAUUAGCUGUUCAGGAGUCUUUUAGCUUGGGGGGUAGAAGCUGUUUAGAAGCCUCUUGGACCUUGACUUGACGCUCCGGUACCGCUUGCCGUGCGGUAAUAGAGCGAACAGUCCUUGACUAGGGUGGCUGGAGUCUUUGACCAUUUUUAGGGUCUUCCUCUGACACCGCCUGGUAUAGAGGUCCUGGAUGGCAGGAAGCUUUGCCCCAGUGAUGUACUGGGCCGUACGCACUACCCUCUGUAGUGCCUUGCGGUCGAAGGCUGUGCAGUUGCCAUACCAGGCAGUGAUGCAACCAGGAGACUCUCGAUGGUGCAGCUGUGGAACUUUUGAGGAUCUGAGGACCCAUGCCACAUCUUUUCAGUGUCCUGAGGGGGAAUAGACUUUGUCGUGCCCUCUUCACGACUGCCUUAGUGUGUUUGGACCAUGAUAGUUUGUUGGUGAUGUAGACACCAAGGAACUUGGAGCUCUCAACCUGCUCCACUACAGCCCUGCCGAUGAUCGUAAAACGGCAGCCAUCUCCUGUGGCGCCAUUAGUCAUGUGGCGCCAUUAGCCAUGUGGCGCCUUUAGCCAUGUGGCGCCAUUAGCCAUGUGGCGCCAUUAGCCAUGUGGCGCCAUUAGCAUGUGGCGCCAUUAGUCAUGUGGCGCCAUUAGCCAUGUGGCGCCGAAGAAGAUGGCUGUAUAGCAUCUCGAGUCCUACUCUUGUCUGGCCAUCACACAUGUAAACAACUUUAGCUUGCCCCACUCUAUAGCAAGCUGCUCUAGCCACAGUUAGUUUGGGUUGAACCGGUUCAGAACUUUAUUUUGCUGGUUGUAAAAAUAUAUAUAUAUAUAUUAUGGAUCUGUUCAGAACGGAACUAUUGGAAAUGUAAACUUUUAUUUAAGGGUAUUUUCAUACAUAUCUGUUUUUACCGUUUUUAAACAUGAAAGCACUUUAUGUAUCUAGUCCCCAUGUUGAAGGUGUCAUAAGUAUUUGGACAAAUUCACUUAUUUGUGUUAAACUAGUCAAGUUUAGUAUGUGGUUUCAUAUUCCUAGCACACAAUGACUACGUCUAGCUUGUCGCUCUACAAACGUUUGUAGUUUGUUUUGGUUGUGUUUUGAGAUUGUUGUGCCCAAUAGAAAUGAAUGGUAGAGGUAUAAAUAUCAUAAUGCUAAACUCACCCGUUAUCGGUGAUAGUGAGAGGUUAGCAUAUCUUAGGGGGUUAUUAUCUUUGUUCCUCUUAACUUUCUCACUCAUCGUUGUUCACGAUUUUAAUUCAUGAUUAUCCGUAAUCGUGGUAGCAUCCACAUUAAUAUAGUGUUCAGAAAUGUAUUCUAUUCUUAUUUACAAUAAAAGUGACUCCAAAAUGACACAAUACCUUAUUUAACAUUUGAACUCAAAAUGCUGGAGUAUAGAGCCAAAUUAAAAGUUUUUAGCUACACUGUCCAAAUAAAUAUGUAGGGGAGUGUAUAUUUACCAUUUGCAGAAUGUUUUGCUAUGGUGUGCCCUACUGAACACAACCCAGGAAAACCAUAACUUGUUGAACACUGCUACUAAAAAGGUUGAGUGACACGGAUGGAGAUAUGUGGUUCAGCAUUUUGACAAGCAGCUCAAUUCUGGUCUUUUGACCAAUCAGAUCAGCUCUUAAAAAUAUUUUGCGAAAAGAUCUAAUGUGAUUGGUCAGAACACCAAUUAGAAGGGGUGGGAGGUCAGAAUUGUUCUGGCUGUCUAAAUGCAACCUUACUACUACUUGUUUGUUUUUAUGUACGUUGACUUUUGAUGUUGAUGGGCUACUUUUCUACGUGGGUUAAGACAAUGCUGUUGCUUGUACCAUCCAUGGACAACAGAUGUUGUAAAAUAGUAAUGAAAGGUUGAACUUCUUUUUGUUUUGUUUUUAUGCAACAGUCAGGCAGUGGAGGCAAACUUUAUAUUAGAUGUGGGAUGAAGCGGAGGGUAAAAAACAAACUUUUAAAUUGCCUACAUUUUAUUUUGAAAAUAACGUUUACACAGGUAUUAUUACGCUAAAUUAGCAUAGUUAGUGUUUACGUCACUGGAGAGUUUACCCACCUAUUUUACCACUACGUCCCUGAUGGUAAGACCUUUCACGGAGUUAGUGUCUCUUAAAUUACUCAAACGUGAAUAUAGACCAUAGCCGAUACCUUUGGCGUGUACUGUACUGUUUUUAAUACACUUUGUUAUAAAUAUAGGUUUUAACACAGUGGACACUUUGAAUCUGAAUAAAGAACUGAAGUUAUGUUUA